AGUGAGCCCGGUCUCGGCCCGGUUAGGCUCUGCUACUAAUUCCUCGACACGUGUCGCUGCUUCUCCAUCCUCCUCCUCAUUCGGUUAGUGUGCUCGAGGGUUCCUCUUCCUCCACUGCGCCGCCGCGAGCCUCCCGACCCCUCGGUCGCGAUUCUGCGAAAUCCGGCCGGAUUCCUCCACGAUCCGAGACCAGAUGGGAGAAGGAGAUCCCGAUGGUGGCUGCGUCGUCGGAGCGACAGCGACCUCGACCUCGGCGGCGUCGGCGGCCGCCCCUGUGAGGGACAUCAGGCGGUACAAGUGCGAGUUCUGCGACGUCGUGCGCUCGAAGAAGCGGCUGAUCCGAGACCACGUCCUCGAACACCAUAAGGACGAAGUGGAUGGUCUGGAUGAGUACAACCUAGGUGGUGGUGGCGGCAGUGCGCCGCCGGGCAAGGAGAUCGGCCAUGGUUGCAAGGAGUGCGGAGCGAGGUUUAAGAAGCCGGCGCAUCUGAAGCAGCAUAUGCAGAGCCAUUCGCUUGAGAGACCCUUUGCCUGCCAUGUAGAUGGUUGCCCUUUCAGCUAUAGCAGGAAGGACCAUUUGAACCGCCAUCUACUUACUCAUCAAGGAAAACUAUUCAUGUGCCCUAUGGAAGGAUGCAACCGUAAGUUCAGUAUCAAGGGUAAUAUCCAGAGACAUGUUGAGGAAUUUCACGAGGAUGGCCCUCAGCGUGGAGGCAAGAAAGAGUUCAUCUGCCCAGAGGCUAACUGUGGGAAGGCGUUCAAAUAUGCUUCCAAGCUACAGAAACACGAGGAAUCACAUGUCAACUUGGAUUACACUGAAGUUAUCUGCUGCGAACCAGGCUGCAUGAAGACUUUUACUAAUGUGGAAUGCCUCAAGGCCCAUAACCAAUCGUCUCAUCAGUAUGUUCAGUGUGAUAUCUGUGACACUAAACAGCUUAAGAAGAACUUCAAGCGGCAUCAGCGAAUGCAUGAAGGUUCGUUUGUCACUGAGAGGAUUAAAUGCAACUUCAAGGAUUGCAAGCGCUCAUUUUCAAAGAAAUCCAAUUUGCACAAGCAUAUUAAGGCAGUUCAUGAGCAGAGUAGACCUUUCACAUGUGGAUUCUCUGGGUGCGGCCAGAAGUUUUCGUACAAGCAUGUAAGGGACAAUCAUGAGAAAUCUAGUGUUCACGUGCUUUUUGAGGGCGAUUUUGUGGAGGCUGAUGAGCAACUCCGACCUCAUCCAGGCGGCCGCAAGAGGAAGCCCAUUUCAGUCGAUACUUUUAUGCGGAAGAGGGUAGCUGCUCCUGAUGCUCCCCCUGCUUACAGUGAUGGAACUGAGUAUCUGAGAUGGCUUUUGUCAGGUUGAUUUGUCCUGAACUGGAGGAAAGAUGCUAUGUUUUUUCGGAUGAUCGAGCAUUCUUCUGUACUUUGGAAGUGUCCGCAUUAUUAUUGUCAAUGUUAUGUAUGUAGGAGUGUGUAUGUAUGUAUGUAUGUAUAGCUAAAGGAAAUAGAUUGACAAUAACAGUAUGUAUUGUGUGUCAAAUAGGGUAGCAAUUGGCAAGCAAGUCCUUUUUUCUUGUUCAACUGUAUGAAAUAUGAAUAAAUGAAGAUGUGGCUUCCGCUUAAGUAAUGAUGAACACCUAUCAUGUUUUA